UGCUCAUUCAUAGCUAAAAUACGCAAGAAGUUAAAGGAGCCAACUAUGUUUUUGAGAUAAAAGUUUUCCUACAGCUGUGCCACAAAUUUUAGGCCUUUUAAUUCGCAGAUGUGGGAGAUCUUGUUGUCUGCUGCUCGUUAAUGGCACACGGACAAAUGCGCCCAGGCUGGCGAUGGACAGCGAGAUCAACCUGAAGUCGCAACACUCGGAAAUACGCUCGUUCGUACUUUUCGUCAACACCACCCAGCGCGAGGUGGACGUCUUCUGGGUGAACUACAGCGCCCGGCUGAUUCACUACACGAUGCUGACACCCGGUGCCCAGUGCAUGGUCAACACGUACGUUACGCACCCCUGGGCGUUUAAGGACAGGGUUUCGGGCGAACGGAUGCACGUGCGGCAUCAGCCCGUUUACCUGCCGGAACCUUACUACAGGAACUUCGACAGUACGGGGCGGUUAGCGAGAAAGGAAAUCAAAAUUCACUUCCCAGUUCGUACGUUGACGGAAAACUGUCUCUGGAGAAUCCUCGCAUUGGUGCCAGAGCAGGACGAGGAGAACUUACUAAGAGAGCUAGAAAUUCCACGCGUUUUAAUACAUGAGCUUGCAAUGUUGAGGAAAAAUAAAGCAAAGAGGAUAUGACGACCAUAAUGCCGUGUCGGAUGCAGUGGCUUUUUGGAAAAAGAAAUCUUUGUGCUGGGAAAUGACCACUACAAGGCCUUCUGAAAAACAGGCACAAUUUAGCCCAACGAACUAACUAUAACUAUAAGCAGAAUAGGUUCGCUUUGAACAAUAACGUUAAAAAUCGGUUACAUGUAGAAAAAAUAUAAAUUAUGCAAUAA